CGGCAGGACAUCAACGACUUCUACAUUUGCUCGCUGUCCAGUCGCACGAUCACCUACAAGGGCAUGCUGAAGUCGUCGGCCUUGCAGGCGUACUUCGUUGACCUCAACAACCCCAGGUACAAGAUCCAGUACGGCCUGUGGCACCGGCGCUUCAGCACCAACACGCUGCCCAAGUGGCCACUGGCUCAGCCGUUCCGCUACAUCGGCCACAACGGCGAGAUCAACACCAUCCAGGGCAACUACAACUGGGCCACCGCCCGCUCCUCGACCUUCGAGCACCCGAACUUCGGCCACCGCAUCCAGGAGGUGCUGCCGCCCAUGCAGCCAGGCACCUCUGACUCCGGCAACCUGGACAACUACCUCGAGCUCAUGAUCCGGUGCAACCGGCAGCUUCCGGAGGCCUCGGGGUCUCCGCUGUGGGCGGCGAGGGGCCUAUACUGGGGC